UGAGGGAGUGGAAUGUCUCGCUUCAUCUUCCGUCUCUACUAGAGACCUCUAUCUAUCUCUAUGUGUUUCUCCUUCAUCGCCCUCCAGCUGGACACGACUGUAUCGCGACGCGGUGUCAGAAACAGCCUGAAAACAAGUCAAACCAACUGAGGUGAAGUUAUAAUAUUCCUGCAAAAUUUAGCUACCGUAGCUAAGUAACGUUAGGCCUAAAUGUCAAACCUUUUUUUGCUAGCUAACGUUAGGUGUCUUUGAGUGCUAACGUUAGCGAGCUAGCCAUUAUAGCUAAAGUCAAGACGGGGACAUGGCCAGCAAGGAUCCAGCGAAGAGAAAUGUGUAGCCAGCUAGCUAACGUUUGGUCCUUUGUCAAUAAAGUCAGACAAGUCAUGGUCGUUGACAUAAUUGUAAAUGUAAAAAUUAAAAAAAAGAUUAAAUUUGUAUUCAAAAUUGUGACAUUAGCUAGCUAACCAUGCUUUGCUUCAAGUUCAAAGAACCGAUUGCUGUGAGCAAAUCCCUGUCUGUGAUGUGAUAGCUAGCUAUUUGCUAACCCUACUAGUUAGUUAGCUAGCUAGCUUGACUUUCAUUGAACAAGCCGCCACUGUCAGUCAUUGAAACGAUCUAGGCAAACAACUUGAGACAUGGCAGAGGCUUUGGAGUGCUAAUAUCGAUGUCAAGAUGGAUGCUGAUUGCAGAUAACCAUGUUCUUCAAAUAUUCACCCGUGUAGAUGUGGUUGUAGGCCUGGCUAUAUCCCUUCAAAUGUUUGCACAGUCCUAUGCGGAGAUGAUCCAUAAAUUCCCUAUUAUCUGAUCAGUUACUGGGUGGUGGAUUAUACUGCCACUAGUCAAUCAGUGAUGAACAAGCAAACAUUAUGCAUGUUAGGAUUAUCCCUUUGUGGUAAUACCAUCGUUGUCAUACACUCGCUGUAAUAGAGCUCGCCAGGUUGUAGUCCUAAAACUCGUAAAUGAGUUACCUCUGGUUGCUUCAGCAAUGCCUAUGGGGAAAGAAUAGGGUUUUGGGAUAAACGCUGAAAAUAAGGCUUGCUGUUGCUUGGAAACUCGAUGUUGAAUUACAUUGAAUUCUAUGUUGGGCAGAAAUGAGUGUUUUGAAUCAGUUAAGUUUCCUCUCACAACCUCUACAAGCCAGAAUGUUGAAUAAAAUGAUAUUUUAAGGUACAUUACCGGUUGUCAGUGCAUUUUGAUGGUAGGAAUGUGAGACAAUAUAUCCACAAGAAAGCAAGAUUACGUCAACUUUUCAAAGCGCAGGUAGUGUGUUCACAUUUCUAUCACCUGAAGCAUGCACACAAGAUACAAAUACAUACACAGACUCAUGCAUACCUGCCCAGCUCUUGCACGUGUUUACAUGGUUCUGCUCAUGGUUCAGGUGAUAGAAAUUAUAAAGCACUACCAGCACUUUGAAAAGUUGAUGUAAUUAUACUUUCCUGUGGAUAUAUUGUCCCACAUUACUACCCCCCAAAAGGACCAACUGCAUGGACAACCGGUAAAGUACUUUAAAAUAUACUUUUAUUCAACAUUCUAGCUUGUAGAGGUCGUGCGAGGAAACUUUCCAGACUCAAACGCUAAUUUCUGCCAGACAUAGAAUUCAAUACAAUUCAAAGUUCAAAUCAAAUUUUAUUUGCCACAUGCGCCGAAUACAACAGGUGCAGACAUUACUGUGAAAUGCUUACUUACAGCCCUUAACCAACAAUGCAUUUAUUUUUUAAUAAAAAAGUAAAAUAAAACAACAACAAAAAAGUAUUGAGAAGAAAAGAGCAGAGGUAAAAUAUAAUAACAGUAGGGAGGCUAUAUACAGGGGGGUACCAGUGCCGAGUCAAUGUGCGGGGGCACCGGUUAGUCGAGGUAGUUGAGGUAAUAUGUACAUGUGGGUAGAGUUAAAGUGACUAUGCAUAAAUAAUUAAGAGUAGCAGCAGCGUAAAAAGAGGGGGUGGGGGGGCAGUGCAAAUAGUCUGGGUAGCCAUGAUUAGCUGUUUAGGAGUCUUAUGGCUUGGGGGUAGAAGCUGUUGAGAAGCCUUUUGGACCUAGACUUGGUGCUCCGGUACCGCUGAGGUUUAUAGGCAAGGUCUGCGCUUAACACAGGCUGGAGAUCUUAUAUAUUUUGUUCUAGUAGAUAGGCUAGUAUCAUUCAGUUAACAUGACCUUUAUGAAUUACAUAAAUGCUUAAGAAUUCACAAAGUGAUGUUAGCUGAUGAAGAUUCUCAUAGAACAAAACAUAUAAGAUCUCCUAAGCCUGUGUUUACCACAUACCUUAUUUUCUGAGUUUUUCAAAAAAAAACUACAUAAAUGGCGUUCAUUUUCCCAUAGGCUUUGUCCAAAGAACCGUGGCGGAGUUGGUGCCUACAAAAAUACACCAUUAUUAUUUCUCUAUAGGCUACAUGCUGAACUCAGUCAGUAGUACUACGAUAGCUAGAUUUCUCAUCUUCCAUUUUUCUUGUCACAGGUAUAAUGGCUGUACCUCCAUCAUAUGGUGACCUUGGCAAAUCUGCAAAGGACAUCUUCAACAAAGGAUAUGGUAAAUGUCUUAACUGGUUGGUUUACCCCUGUAGAAAUGACGAGAGUGACAAACAUUUACAUUUAUGUAACAGGGGUACUUGUGACAGCUUGGACAUGAACCAUCACUUUGCUUUGGCCUCUCUUACGCCCUAAUAGGCUAGUGGCCAUUCCUCAAAAAGGGCUUUUGUUUUUGAGGUACCUACCCGAGGUAUAACAAAGCACAACCAUGUUUUCCAUAUCUCUAAGGUCUCCCAUAUAUGAAAUGGAUGGUUGAGUAAAAGUAUUUUACUGCAAAAGUGGUUAAAUGUAUAGAUAUUGUGACACCCCCAUAACUCUCACAGUGCUGAAAAUGCCUGGCUGGAGAGAGGGAGGGGGGGGGGGGUACAAAUAGUCAAUUAUCUGCCCUUUAUACUGUACACAUACAAACAGCAUUAGGAUAUUUUAAAGCAUUUUGGAAAUAUAAACACGCAGAUGCAAUAAGCGGAAAAUAUCAACUAUGAAUAUUUAUGAUUAAUGUAAACUUCGCUUUUUGGUAACGUUAGCUGUUCAAUAGAGAACUUUCCAAAGUUGUUCUCAUUCACUGCUGUAUGGUACUGCCUGACAAAAAUGCAUACAGUUACACAUGUUUAAAAAAAAAUGUAGUUAUUGUAAUCGGCUCUAAGGCAAGUGGGCUCAGACACAUAAAACUGUCAUAAAAAUAAAUAAAAAAUAAUUUUAUAUGUUCAGCCCUUACUCUUGCAAUUACGUUAGAUUUGACUCAAACUCCAAUAUGACUGCCACAAUACCACUAAAUGAUGCUUUAAUCACCCAAAUACAUUAUGUACACGUUUUUAAAUGAUACAUUUUUCAGAUUUGUGUACUGCACUUAUGACCUGUACUGAAGACUAUUUUUGUGUACUUCAACUAUGUUAGGAAUCCAAUCCAAUUCAAACACCUUUGUCUGGAUAUAGAAAAAAGCAACAGACUGUUUGGCAUGGCAACCCCAAGCAUUCCAAGUCAUGAGCAACCGUAAGGAAAGAGAAUCCAACCCUGCACUCUGACACCCUCUCCCUAGCUCUGCAAUUGGCCCCCACUGUGGUAGAACUUGCGCCUCCAGGAUUGGGCUCUUAAGUUACCUCCUUAUUAUUUAAAGUAAGCUUUGAUUCAUUGCUAGUCCAAUAUGCCUGCCUGAAUCCAACAUGACCUUCCGCUGGCUCACUGCAUUUGUGAUGAACACUGUCAUCCUGUUCGGGUUGAGCUGGCACAUUGGUUCUUCCAGACAAACAUGUCGACAAUCCUGGCUGUCUGCCCUGGAGUUGCAUUACAGUGCCUUCUGAAAGUAUUCAUAACCCUUUCUCAUCCAUCUACACACAGUAGAUGGAUGAGAAUAUGUGGGAACUCCUUCAAGACUGUUGGAAAAGCAUUCCAGGUGACAACCAACUUUAUGAGGUAAAGAGAAUACCAAGUGUGUGCAAAGCUGUCAUCAAGGCAAAUGGUGGCUAUUUGAAGAAUCUAAAAUAUAUUUUAAUUUGUUUAACACUGUUUUUGGUUACUACGUGAUUCCAUAUGUUAUUUCAGAGUUUUGAUGUCUUCACUAUUAUUCUACAAUGUAGAAAAUAGUAAAAAUUAAGAAAAACCCUUGAAAGAGUAGGUGUUCUAAAACUUUUGACUGGUUGUGUGUGUAUAGAUGUAUUGGUAUCUGUGACCAACAUAUGCAUAUCUGUGUUCCCAGUCAUGUGAAAUCCAUAGAUUAGGGCCUAAUUUAUUUAAAUUGACUGAUUUCCUCAUGAACUGUAACUCAGUAAAACAUUUUAAAUUGUUGUGUUUUUUAUAUUUUGAUCAGUAUAUUAAUUAGUACAAAUUAAAAAAACAUAAUUCCACUUUGACAUUCUGGGGUACUGUGUGUAAGCCAGUGACAAUACAUCUCAAUUUAAUCCAUUUUGAAUUCAGGCUGUAACACAACAACAUGUGGAAAAAGUCAAGUGGUGUGAAUACUUUUUGAAGCUACUGUAUAUGUUGACUUGGUGACCUUAUAGAGAAUGCAACCAGGGUGGGAAAAUAAUACCCGCCAAUGCCAAACUCUACCAGCAUUUGGCGGGUGUUAUUUGUAUUUUUCACCAGCCACAUUGGCAGUUUAUUUUAUUUAAAAUAUAUAUAUAUAUAUAUAUUUCUCAUGGAAUGUAGGCCUACUUUGAACACCACACAUUGGCUGCUACAGGAGGCUGAAUGACAGCUAUUUCCAUGUUAUGGGAUGCAUUUUCUCCAUUGUUUUUGAUGGUAGGCCACUCUGGUAGGCCUACAUUAUGAUCAAAUAGCCACAGUAGCCUACUUGACCACUGACUGAAACUGUAACUUAAAGCGGGUACAGCCUCAGUGUUCACAGUAAACACGCGCUGGAAGUUGCACAGAAUUUUCACAACGUUCAAGUUUGCCCUCAGCAGGCCUGAAAUUUGCUCAAUGCCCAAAAAAUGUUGAGGGUACAUUGGCCAGCAUCCCUGUGGAAUGCUUUCGACACCUUGUAGAGUCCCCAAUGAAUUAAGGCUGUUCUGAUGGCAAAAGGGGGUGCAACUCAAUAUUAGGAAGGUGUUCCUAAUGUUUUGCACACUCAGUUAAAAGACUCAGGUCACAAACAAAAUUGAAUUGAGCAAUAUACCACAUUACUUCUUACUAGUAAUACAUUUCUUGUUUUAGAAACAUUACAAAGCAUGCUCAUCUGUUAUUUGUUAUUUUGGCUGUUAACAUUUGAAUGGCUGGUAGAUUUGUUUUGUUCAUCUACAUGCCACAGUAACUGGUGGACAAAGUUAAUUUCCCACCCUCGAUGCAACCAGACAUGACAAGCUACGACUGUGUAUACAGGUCUGAGAUUCAAAGGUUUGUCAAGUGGUGUGAUGAACACCACCUCAUCCUCAAUGUAAAGAAAACUGAGGAGAUGGUGUUUGACCCCAACUCUGUCUGCGACCACGUGCCUGUGGUUGUCCACAAUGCCGACAUAGCACACGCCUCUAUUUCCUACGUAGACUCAGGGUUUUUGGAGUUGACCAGAAAAUAAUGCUCCUGUACUUCCAUGUGGUAAUAGAGCAUCCUGAGAUAUGGCAUCACAGUCUGGUUUGGCAAUUUAUCAGUCCAACUGAAGACCUGCCUGAUACAAACUGCCAUGAAUGUAACGGGUGUGAGGCAACAUCCUUCUCUGCAGACUAUUUCUGAACUGACCGUUACCACACCAGCACAGAAAAAAAAUUCUGGUCCCUCCCAUGUACUUCACUCUGAGUAUCAGGCAGACACUAAAGGGUCCCUAAAUGUAAGCUGAAAAGGUAUAAGCACUCCCUGAUUCCCAUGUCCAUCAAAGACCUAAACAGCAAUAGGUAAAGCUGAGUUUCGUUAGUACACCACUGACAGAAUAAGGGAAUGUGCAAAGUAUUAUGUAUGUGGCUAUAUUUGUACGUGUAUUUAUUAUGGCAGCAGCUUCUCUUCCUGGGCUCCAGCAAAAUUAAGGUAGUUGUACAUUUAAAAAAACAAUACAUUCACAACAGAUUUCACAACAUAUUAAGUGUGUGCCCUCAGGCCCCUACUUUACUACCACAUAUCUACAACACAAAAUCUGUGUGUACGUAUGUUAUCGUGUGUUUGUAUGCAUGUGUCUGUGCCUAUGUUUGUGUUGCUUCACAGUCCCCGCUGUUACAUAAGGUGUAUUUUUAUCUGUUUUUAAAAAUCUAAUUUUACUGCUUGCAUGAGUUAUUUGAUGUGGAAUAGAGUUCCAUGUAGUCAUAGCUCUAUGUAGUACUGUGCGCCUCCCAAAGUCUGUUCUGGACUUGGGAACUGUGAAGAGACCUCUGGUGGCAUGUCUUGUGGGGUAUGCAUGGGUGUCCAAGCUGUGUGCCAGUAGUUCAAACAGACAGCUCGGUGCAUUCAACAUGUCAAUACCUCUCACAAAUACAAGUAGUUCUACAGCUGCACCAUUGAGAGCAUCCUGACUGGUUGCAUCACUGCCUGGUAUGGCAACUGCUCGGCCUUUGACCGCAUGGCACUACAGAGGGUAUUGCGUACAGCCCAGUACAUCACUGGGGCCAAGCUUCCUGCCAUCCAGGACCUCUAUACCAGGUGGUGUCAGAGGAAGGCCCUAAAAAUUGUCAAAGACUCCAGCCACCCUAGUCAUAGACAGUUCUCUCUGCUACCGCAAGGCAAGCGGUACCGGAGCGCCAUGUCUAGGUCCAAAAGGCUUCUUAACAGCUUCUAUCCCCAAGCCAUAAGACUCCUGAACAGCUAAUCAAAUGGCUACCCAGACUAUUUGCACCUAUCCUAUCAAUAGAUCUCUAGAAGGUGCAUAUAAUUCAUUCUAGUGGGAGAGGGCUCGACGGACUAGCGAAUUGAAAAUAUUUAAAUGAAAAGUAGCCUAGUUAAUAUGAAGUGGAAAAAGUAGCCGGCUGAAAAUGAGUCUGUAACCGGCUUAUUAGCAAACAGCCGGCGCUAAUGGAAAACACUGCAUUAUUCUGCACUUUUUGAGUUUAGGGUGUUUUCCUUAGAGCUGAUUACAAUAGCCACAUCAUCAAGAAACAUUUUACUGUGUGUAUUUAUUUUUUUGGUCAGGCAGGACCAUACAGCACUGAAUGAGAGCAAGUAUGCCUUGGAAAGUUCUCUAUUGAACAGCUACCAAAGAGUGAAGUUAACAUUCAUCAUAAAUAUUCACAGUUGAUAUUUCCGCCUGUUGUAUCUGUGUUUACAGGUAUUUAUUUCCGAAAUGCUUUAAUAUAUCCUAACGCGGUUUGUUUGUGUAUAAAGGGCAGACACUUGACCACUCGUAUUCCACAUUUUCGCAAUAUUGGGUUACAUGAGCUUAUGUACCCCCCAUCCCUUCCCCCUCCACAAUAUCUAUCAAUUUAACCACUUUUGCAGUAAAAUAUCUUUACACAACCAUCCAUUUCAUAUAUGGGAGUCCUUUAGAGAUAUGUAAAAACAUGGUUGUCUUUUGGUACCCCUACACAAGGUAUAUCAAAAAUAUUUUGAAGGACUUGCAACUUGCCUUUUUAAGGGAAUGUUUACAUCCAUCCACAGAACAUAUUUCACACUGACAGGACAUAUUACAGGAAGGAAACACGAUGAUGACAACCAGACAUUCAAUUUGUUUAAGCCAUGUCACAAUUGGGCCAUAUGGAUCAAAUCAAAUCACAUUUUAUUUGCCACAUGGGCCGAGUACAACAGGUGUAGUAGACCUUACAGUGAAAUGCUUACUUACAAGCCCUUAACCAACAAUGCAGUUUUAAGAAAAAUAAGUGUUAAGUAAAGAAAUAGAUAAGUAAAAAAUAACAAAUAAUUAAAGGGCAGCAGUAAAAUAAAUAACAGUAGGGAGGCUAUAUACAGGGGGUACCGGUACAGAGUCAAUGUGCAGGGGCACAGGUUAGUCGAGGUCGGUUAGGGGGCCGUAAAACGGCAGCCAUCUCCUCCGGCGCCAUUAUUAUCAGUAUUGUAGUGGUCCAUUUGUCAAAUACUGAAAUGCAAAGGAACCUUACCAUACAAAGGAACAUGUGGUGGUCUGAAUGCUAUGAUUUGUUCUUCAUUAGGUUUUGGAUUGGUGAAACUUGAUGUCAAGACCAAGUCUUCAAGUGGAGUGGUGAGUUUGGCUAUUCAAGCCUGCCAGGGAAUUACUGUGCAUUAUUAUCUUGCAUAACAAAGGAUAGGCUAGCCUACAACUCCUAACUAAUCCUGUCGUAAUUGUUCUUUAGGAAUUCAAAACCUCGGGCUCCUCCAACACUGACACCAGCAAAGUCAACGGGAACUUGGAGACUAAGUACAAAUGGGGUGAAUACGGCCUGACGUUUACAGAGAAGUGGACAACAGACAACACUCUGGGGACUGAGAUCACCGUUGAAGACCAGGUAGAGGGGAGAAACCAGUCUAACUGAAGUGUCCAAGUGAUUUGUGAGCUUUCUAUUUGGUUGUAUUUAGUAUUUUUUUCUUCCAUAGAUCACCAAAGGACUGAAACUUACGUUCGACACCCAAUUCUCACCAAAUUCUGGGUAAUGUUUGUGGCUUUUUUUUAGUUUUCAAGCAUAACUGAAUGUUUCUCACCAGUCUUUUGAAGUCUAAAACAUUUAUUGUACAUGUUCGGCACUGCAGAAUCCACCAGCCCUAUGUAGCUCAGUUGGUAGAGCAUGGCGCUUGCAAUGCCAGGGUUGUGGGUUCGUUUCCCACGAGGGGCCAGUAUGAAAAAUGUAUGCACUCACUAACUGUAAGUCGCUCUGGAUAAGAGCGUCUGCUAAAUGACUAAAAUGUAACAACGGAGAUAUUUAUUUUUAUAGAUGUUUAUUCAUCCUCUUUUUCUCCCUCUCUAUACUUAUUUUUCUCUCUAACAGCAAGAAGAGUGGGAAGGUGAAGACUGCCUAUAAGCGUGAAUACGUCAACCUGGGUGUGGAUGUAGACUUUGACUUUGCCGGCCCGGCCAUCCACGGGGCAGCGGUGGCCGGAUACGAGGGAUGGCUGGCUGGCUAUCAGAUGGCCUUCGACACGGCCAAGUCCAAAAUGACCCAGAGCAACUUCGCUGUUGGCUAUAAGACAGGAGAUUUCCAGCUGCACACCAAUGUGUAAGCUUCAUAUCGAUUGUAUUUUGGAGGACUUACUAUAUGUCUCGGCACUAAAGUGAUAAGUGUGAAUGUUUCUACCAUGGUUAGAAAGUGGAGUCUUAUUUGUAAUUAAAGAUUAACUGAAAGUUGAUUUUGAUAAGUUGUAGGUUGAUUUGAGCGUUUCAGUUCAUCUUUAAUUGAGUUAUCAAACAAAAAGAGCUGUUCAUCAGACAAGGAUAACAUAAUGUACGUCUGCUUAUUUCCUAUAUCCCAGUAAUGAUGGCACAGAGUUUGGAGGGUCCAUCUACCAGAAGGUAAAUGACCAGCUGGAGACUGCUGUGAACCUGGCCUGGACAGCAGGCAGCAACAGCACCCGCUUUGGCAUCGCUGCCAAGUACCAGCUGGACUCCAGUACCUCAAUAUCUGUGAGUGCUGCUCUUUUGCUUCUCUUGUUGUUUGUACGUUUUUUAUGCCAGACUUUAAGGCUGUAUUUAGUAUUCAAUAUUCAGAUACUCUGGUUCUGUGAGAUUAGUCGUUUAUUAGAUGGGAAUAGGUAUUUUAGGAAGUAACUGUAGUUUUUGAUGUUUUUUUUGUUGAUGUUUCUGUUAUUCAGUGCCAAUAAUGAUCUUAUAACCCUUUGUACUCCGUUGUUAAAGGGAUUAUCCUGUACUUCUUUAUACUUUUUAGCCAGUAGUUCUGAAAGUAACACUCACAAGCCAAAAGUGGUCCCUGAAAACUACGUACUACGUCACAUACAGUGGGGAAAAAAAGUAUUUAGUCAGCCACCAAUUGUGCAAGUUCUCCCACUUAAAAAGAUGAGAGAGGCCUGUAAUUUUCAUCAUAGGUACACGUCAACUAUGACAGACAAAAUGAGGAAAAAAAAUCCUGAAAAUCACAUUGUAGGAUUUUUAAUGAAUUUAUUAGCAAAUUAUGGUGGAAAAUAAGUAUUUGGUCAAUAACAAAAGUUUCUUAAUACUUUGUUAUAUACCCUUUGUUGGCAAUGACACAGGUCAAACGUUUUCAGUAAGUCUUCACAAGGUUUUCACACACUGUUGCUGGUAUUUUGGCCCAUUCCUCCAUGCAGAUCUCCUCUAGAGCAGUGAUGUUUUGGGGCUGUCGCUGGGCAACACGGACUUUCAACUCCCUCCAAAGAUUUUCUAUGGGGUUGAGAUCUGGAGACUGGCUAGGCCACUCCAGGACCUUGAAAUGCUUCUUACGAAGCCACUCCUUCAUUGCCCGGGCGGUGUGUUUGGGAUCAUUGUCAUGCUGAAAGAUCCAGCCACGUUUCAUCUUCAAUGCCCUUGCUGAUGGAAGGAGGUUUUCACUCAAAAUCUCACGAUACAUGGCCCCAUUCAUUCUUUCCUUUACACGGAUCAGUCGUCCUGGUCCCUUUGCAGAAAAACAGCCCCAAAGCAUGAUGUUUCCACCCCCAUGCUUCACAGUAGGUAUGGUGUUCUUUGGAUGCAACUCAGCAUUCUUUGUCCUCCAAACACGACGAGUUGAGUUUUUACCAAAAAGUUAUAUUUUGGUUUCAUCUGACCAUAUGACAUUCUCCCAAUCCUCUUCUGGAUCAUCCAAAUGCACUCUAGCAAACUUCAGACGGGCCUGGACAUGUACUGGCUUAAGCAGGGGGACACGUCUGGCACUGCAGGAUUUGAGUCCCUGGCGGCGUAGUGUGUUACUGAUGGUAGGCUUUGUUACUUUGGUCCCAGCUCUCUGCAGGUCAUUCACUAGGUCCCCCCCGUGUGGUUCUGGGAUUUUUGCUCACCGUUCUUGUGAUCAUUUUGACCCCACGGGGUGAGAUCUUGCGUGGAGCCCCAGAUCGAGGGAGAUUAUCAGUGGUCUUGUAUGUCUUCCAUUUCCUAAUAAUUGCUCCCACAGUUGAUUUCUUCAAACCAAGCUGCUUACCUAUUGCAGAUUCAGUCUUCCCAGCCUGGUGCAGGUCUACAAUUUUGUUUCUGGUGUCCUUUGACAGCUCUUUGGUCUUGGCCAUAGUGGAGUUUGGAGUGUGACUGUUUGAGGUUGUGGACAGGUGUCUUUUAUACUGAUAACAAAUUCAAACAGGUGCCAUUAAUACAGGUAACGAGUGGAGGACAGAGGAGCCUCUUAAAGAAGAAGUUACAGGUCUGUGAGAGCCAGAAAUCUUGCUUGUUUGUAGGUGACCAAAUACUUAUUUUCCACCAUAAUUUGCAAAUAAAUUCAUAAAAAAUCCUACAAUGUGAUUUUCUGGAAAAAAAAAUCUCAAUUUGUCUGUCAUAGUUGACGUGUACUGUGCAGAUAUGUGCACCACAGCAUUGCUCUCUCUCUUGGUCUGCUGUGGGUGCAUCAUGUGCAUCUUGCUAGCUGUCACUCAUAUGGUAAGGGGCUGAAGCUUAUUGGUUGAACUAGAAUUGCUAGGGGGCUGGCCCACAGAGCAAAAUGUAAGGAAAAUUGCAUAGCAUAGCUACGUGGCUAAUUGAGGUAAAACAGUAAUUCUGCUCAUAGAUUAUGCAUGUAUGAACAUUGACACAUCUAGACCCCAAAAAAGAAAUAGUGGUCGCCAAAGUUCUGGAGGAUGUCUUUAAUUGUGUGUGUUUGUUGCUAUAUUUUCCAGGCUAAAGUUAACAAUGCCAGCUUGGUGGGAGUUGGCUAUACCCAGACACUGCGGCCAGGUAAGAACUACUUUGCAAAAGCACUGCCAACCAUCUCCAAAGUGGGCUGUUAUAGCGAAGUUAUUUAUUUUUCCUGUUCUGCAGGUAUGAAACUCGUCCUGUCUGCACUGGUCGACGGAAAAAGCAUCAAUGCCGGUGGCCACAAACUGGGACUGGGACUGGAGCUGGAGGCAUAAGUAUCUAGCUAUCCUGUCUAGUGAAGUCGUCAUAUUUAUUUGAAUUGAGGGAAUCGCAGAAGAAUUUGGCCUUAUGUAUUUCCAGCCCAACCACCAUUUUAAGGGAUGUCUCAAAGGAAAGGGAUGAAUCUAAUCUAAAGCAACAACAACAUAGCCCUCAGUACCCUCAGUUAGAUGGAUCCCCAACCCAUCAGCCACUGUUAUUUCCUUUCAUAUGGUUUGUAGCCUAGUCCUACUAGGUCUGCUAUUUAUCAAGUCAUGUGUUUGUUUCUAUACUGUGCUGUACCACUAGUGAAAUACAUCCUUCUCAAAGAGAGCGUUUUGCUUUAUUGAUUUGGCUCAUUGGAUUGGACAGUCCGAGGAGGGUUAUAUGAAGAUAUAUUCUUUGAUUUAAAUAUGUAUAUGUUAUAUUAUGUCAUUAUUGUGUCAAUUCUAAACUGUUGUUGUUUUGCACACUAGCAAAUUAUAUUAUACCUUUUUACAUAUAUUAUUUAUAUCCCAUCUUUCCCUGUUUCAUUUGCACAUAUAGUAGCGUUCGGUUAGCAACGCUUUGCCUGUUGUCAGGACGGCUCCUACUCACAAUGCUUAUCAUCUACUCUAGAGACCUUAAACCUCAAUCUAUUCUAUUGGGUGAUCUAUUUAGCUAAUAUUCUUGAGGAUUUGUUAACUAUGCUUAUUGCUUACCCACUCUGUGCGGUCAUUAGCAGACCCGUACUAUCUUGAUGAACUAACCUGCUUCCUAGUUGAACGUGGUAAUGUACAUUUGCACAACAAUGCCAAAUGGAAUUUUCUGGGUGUGAUUAGGAAAGA